UCUUGUGUUGUGUCGGGUCUUUUUACUAAAGAAUCGACGUUGGUUGCAUUUCAGUUUAUAUACCUUUGCUUCGGCAUUAAAAUUCAAUCCGGUGAAGAAUUAUAUUAUUAUUAGUGUAAAUCUACCACAGGUAGAUUCUUUCGUGGUAUAUUUGUGAGGUAUUCAGUAAUAUACAAUGUCAAGCGACACCGCAAAGAACUUUUCCAAUCUGGAAACUCCAGGCUAUGUCGGCUUUGCAAACUUGCCUAACCAGGUGCACCGUAAGUCCGUGAAGAAGGGCUUUGAGUUCACCCUCAUGGUGGUCGGAGAGAGUGGACUGGGCAAGUCUACGCUGGUCAACUCCUUGUUUCUGACAGAUUUAUAUCCGGAACGAGUUAUUCCUGAUGCCUUAGAGAAAACCAAUCAAACGGUGAAGCUAGAUGCCUCAACUGUGGAGAUUGAGGAGCGAGGAGUGAAGCUGCGGCUGACUGUGGUGGACACUCCUGGAUAUGGAGAUGCUAUUGACAAUACUGACUGCUUUAAGUCCAUAAUCCAAUACAUCGACGAGCAAUUCGAGAGGUUCCUGCGCGACGAGAGUGGCCUUAACCGACGCAAUAUCGUCGAUAAUCGCAUACACUGCUGCUUCUAUUUCAUCUCGCCGUUUGGACAUGGGUUGAAGCCCCUCGACAUCGAGUUCAUGAAGCAACUGCACAACAAAGUGAACAUCGUGCCCGUGAUCGCGAAGGCCGACUGCCUCACCAAGAAGGAAGUGCAGCGGCUCAAGUCUAGGGUAAUGGAAGAGAUUGAGCGUGAAGGAAUUAAGAUAUACCCGCUCCCGGAUUGCGACAGUGAUGAAGACGAGGAUUAUAAAGAACAGGUCCGUCAGCUGAAAGAGGCGGUGCCGUUCGCGGUGUGCGGCGCGGGGCAGCAGCUGGAGGUGCGCGGGCGCCGCGUGCGCGGCCGCCUCUACCCGUGGGGCGUCGUCGAGGUCGAGAACCCCGAACACUGCGACUUCAUCAAGCUGAGGACCAUGCUCAUUACGCACAUGCAAGACCUGCAGGAAGUGACGCAGGAGGUGCACUAUGAGAACUACCGGUCGGAGCGACUCGCACGUCACGGACAGGUGCCAAAGCGACACACGUCAACGGAGAGUGGGUUGAGCGAGUCGGACUCCAACGGGCUAAGCAAUGGCUCUACUGAGGACCCCGCCGAGCGAGAGCGCGCGCUGCGUGAAAAGGAGGCAGAGCUGCGGCGCAUGCAGGAGAUGCUUGAACAGAUGCAACGGCAGAUGCAGCUGCAGGCCGGGAGCACCACCACCGCAUAGUGCGAGACUCCCGCCCUGUUGGUGGCAAAGUCCGCCGUUCGUCUACCGGGCGCUUGCAACGUGGUGGACUCCAUCCUACGCGUGAUCCCGUAUUGCGUGAACUCCCUCUAAUGCCAUUUAUGUAGUUCAGUCAAAAGGUACCCUUAGUUCUAAGGCUCUGAACGCCACGCCUAUAGUGUACGGCGCGCGCCAUCGUAAACCUUAUCAGAAUGUACGAAGGUUGAUAUUGGGAUGUAACCGAGCGCGUCAGUUGACGUCUUUGUCGCUAUUUGUUAAGGAAUACUGCUUAGAAAGUAAUUAGAAAUAAGUUUAUGGCAAAAAUUUCAUUUUUGGUACAAGCUUUUAACGCUGACUGUACUUUUCUUUCCACAGGCAACAACUCAUUGAGACAAUUCUAAAAACCCCAAACACAAUUAGGUUGCGUUGUUUUAUCACAGAGUUCGUAUGGCCACCUCCUGUCUCCAUCAUCAGAUCAGCUCGAUGGUACCAUAAUAUUGCAUUGUCACCUGACUUACAUGGGUAUGCAAAUUUUCAGCUUAAUUGGAAGUCGGGAAGUGGGUCAAAUUUAACUUGCAAGAUUUGACCCGUACAUACAUAGGUACAUUGCAAGUUAAAUAAAAGCUUGUAAU